AAAUAACAUUCGGGCUCAUUCUCUCACACUUCUCUGAAGUCAGCCAGUGGGCACAUGCGUUCACCGAUUAUGCAACCAAUUUGAUACACCAAAGAUAUAAUACAACUACUCUAGGAAAUAUAAACAUCUGCGACCGCAUAAAAACUCGCAGAGGUCGUAAGUAACCAUCACAAGCAGCAUGGUAGAGGAAGUACACGCUUUAAUUUGUGACAACAAAUUAAUGAUCUGAUUUAUGUAGGAAUUACGAGUACUCCCGACUUACCAUCACAGUUAUUAAUAGCUCUGGAAAUCUUUGCACCCAUGCCAGCCAACAUAACACAUAAAAUUUUCGUCCCUGCGUUGACCUUGCACAGUGGUACUGUUUUAAAACGUGAAUGUUGUAAUAGUAAAUUUGCCUCUAUUUUCCAUGGAAUACAUUCAAAGUACACUACAAACGGUGGAUAAAGCCUAAAAGAGCUUUAAAAACUGCGUAAUAGUGACUUGCAAUGGAAAUCUUUCGUCUUUGCGCACUAAUAUUUUCUUUACAGUGACGUCAAAAAGUAGUUCAAAGAUAAAUUAUUGAAUAAUGCAGCAUCCUGAAAUAGCUGUGUUCUACACGAAAGGCCUUCUUACAGUCUGGAUAUGGUGAAAAUUUUUAAAUUGUGAUGUGACAUCGAAAUCAUGAACGCAUUGCCUAACCCAUUGCGCAAAAUCCAAGAUGGUUGUAAGUCGUGAAUUGUGUGUAUAGUUUUCUGUACAGUAGUAGCGAGUAACUUUUUUUAAUGUUGUACAUACGAUGUUUCAUAGUUUGUAACCUCAACUAAUAUAUGCCUGUGUGGCAUGACAUAAAGUUUCCGCGUUAACAAGUUUUCGUUUCAAGUAUGGGCAGCAAUGCAGAAAUCAUGGAAUCGGACGGGCCUGUUGCACCACAAGUUCAGUCACCAAUUUGCCCAGGUGCGACGAGGUCGGAAUUUAAUUGCCUGCAAGCCUUGGAUGAUUCUAAAAUAGCAGCAGAAGAUACGAACUGCAACUUGACCAUCAUGCUUUCAGCGCAAAAGAUGACAUCGGACGAAGAAGGAAGAGGCCCAACACAACUUUGUUCUCAUUUCAAAGAAAAAUUAAACCUGAAAGGUGGUCAGGGUGUGAACGGUAUCGUUAAUGGUUUAUCUGUUAAUAUUGAUAUACCCAGAGCAGGAGAGAUUGAACAGAAGACUGCGUCAAUCGAAAAAACAGUGAAAUCAGAGCACUCGUCUAGUCAUUGUGAUAAAUGUGAAAAAGAGCGUCGGAAUAGUGCAAGUACAGACUGUUCGACUGAAUCAAAUUGUGUAAAUAGUCAUGAAGACAGUAUAGGUAAAUCUUGUGAAAAUGGUGAACAUAAGGACGAAAGUAUGAGUCAUGUAACAUCAGAAACUGGAAGUGGGGAUGUUGCAUAUGUAUCUUACAAAUCGGAGCUGCAAAUGCCUGAUAUUAUGAGGCUUAUUCAGAAAGACUUGUCGGAACCAUAUUCCAUAUAUACUUACAGAUAUUUCAUUCACAACUGGCCAAAACUGUGUUUCUUGGCUAUGGACGGUGGCAAAUGUGUGGGUGCAAUUGUUUGCAAGCUCGAUGUACAUCGCAAGAUUGUCAAGAGAGGAUACAUUGCCAUGCUUGCCGUUGAUGAAAAGUAUAGAAAAAGAAAAAUAGGUUCCAAUCUGGUGUUGAAAGCAAUCCGAGCCAUGGUCGAGGAUAAGGCAGAUGAGGUUGUGUUGGAGACAGAAAUUACAAACCGCCCUGCCCUGCGACUGUAUGAAAAUCUGGGCUUCGUUCGUGACAAGCGCCUUUUCCGUUAUUACCUGAAUGGUGUGGAUGCUCUUAGAUUAAAGCUGUGGCUGCGAUGAGUUAUUUGCUGUGGAACUUAUAAAACUCAGGAAAAUUUACCUACCUUAAUGUGUUAUGGAACAGUGAAAAUGCAAGUGUGCUCUAUCUCAUUCCACCAGUUUCUCCUUUGAACAUGCCAGGCAAAUCAUCUUGGUAGCUUGUCAGAGUUUCCUGGCACUUCAAAAAUGAUGAAAUAAUAUUUAAAAGGAGCUAACUUGGAAAAUAAUGCUGCAGUACAUCCAUAUUAAACACCAUAAGUCAGUGAACAUCUGCCCAUUGCAGCCGUACAAUAGAACUGUGAGGACAGUCAAAAGAUUCCUUGCUUUCAGAAAGCAAACACUUGACGGCUGUGAAAUUUAUGAUUAUCGGAUGUUUGCGGCAGUUUGUUAGUUGGCAGCAUGUGGAAAGAACCUUGAGACAUUUGUACGUGCCAGAUAAAAUGCGAAGAAUUAUCUGUGUUUGUGAAAUGUUUUAAAGGACCUUUAACGUUAUUAUAUCUCUCAAAGUUUUGGUGAUUUCCAGAUCCUGUAACCUUAUUUUUCCCCUCUAAAUUAUGCACAUUUUAAAUGUGAGUUCAUCCCUGUUAUAAGAUUUAUGACUUGUUAAAAAUAUCGUUCUGAUUUCCUGUGAAUCACUGUUUACUUUGACAGGUGGUUGUUACUGGCCGAACAUUAUUAUGAAAGUAAAUUUUGAUGAACUGGGUAUGUUUUGUGCAUUACAAUUACCUGGUUUUAAUGAUUCCAGAUAUAUUUGUUGUAUUCACAUUUCAUUUAGCUGAACUGCAAAUAUAUGCCUAAUGUUUGCUGAGACUCGUCUUCCAAAGUCUUGUGUUUCCUAGUAAUAUACCAGCCUUCCUAAUUUUGCUUGCAAAGAAAUCCUUAAAAUCAGACGUUUGCAGAAUGCAAACAACUCUUGGACUGAAUGUCGGACGUCAAACCAUUUGCUGCAUAAUAGAUUCAUGCUUUUGGAGGAUAUCUUAAAAGUACUACAUAAUCUCAGUUUAACAAUAAUUUGAGAUAGCUUUUUGCAUUGGAAAAUAAAUUAUUUUAAUCUGUCAAAAGUUUUGUACUUUAGUCAUUGCUAUUGUCUGUGAUAUUAAAAGCCCAGUUAUCACUAUGAAUUUCUUAACUGACUAGUCUUGGAACUGAUAGCACUAUUGAUUGUGCCUACAAGUGGAAUUGUGUAUUGUGUGAAUUUAUUUACAAAUAUGGACUCUUAGACACUGUGCUUAUGUAUCUUCUUCCUUUCACCUGUAGUAUGGAAGGAAGCAUAAGCACAUGGUCUUUUUUUAUUUUUGUUCACAGGUCACACCUUUUAUGUAUGAACUGAAUGUAAAUGCACAGCAAAUUGGCCCACCAUAAUUGGAAUGUUAAUAUCCACAGCUGUCGUUAUCCUCGUGCUUAGAUGUAUCUAACCUUGUCAUCUUGUGAUUUGAAAUAUAUUUGUUUUGCUAGAAGUUUUUUAUCAGUUUUUUCUAGUUUUCAUACAGUUUCAUGGGAUAAGCAUUGAAACCCAGUAUACAACGUCGUUCAGAGCAAUUAACAUCUAACACUUCAUUUGGCAUGCGUGUUGUUUAGGUUCAGCUUGUGGUUCUUUAUUGGAAAAUAUUGUAUAAUUCAACACAGUAUUUCAGUUAUAUACAAUACAAAUACAUGUGCCAAGUGAGUGUGCUUUGGUCAGUAUUCUGUAUAUUUUAAAGAAACUGAAGCUCAAAGCUGCAAGUUUAUGUUGUUUGUGCGUCUGUGGAUUUUUCUGCAAAAUUCAUUUUCAAAAUAAAGAUUCUUUUGAAAUAUCCAUUUAGCGAACUUCAGAUUUCAACCAUGUGUUGGCAUAUUAUUUUUACUAAGGCUUUAUUUAUAAACUAAGUGGAGACUUUUGCCAUCAUAAACUAUUUUACCUUUCUGGGCAGUCUAAGAAACUAAUUAUCAGUUUGUAAUUAAGCUUUUUCAUUUGCUGUAUUUCAAGACAAUGGCUUGUAACUUGUGUUGUGAACAUAAUUUGAGUUUGCCUACCAGUUUUCUUGUACUGUCACCCAAAAAUUUCCAGUGGAAUUAAUGUUUCAAGACACUAAUGAAAACACUAACUUAGUGGCCACUUUGUGCGUAUAGUGUAAUACCGAUGCUCAGCUUCUUGUAUCUGCUGUAACAAUCUCUCAUUAUUUGUCCAUAUAAGUACCUGAAAUCUGGGAAAUAGUGCAUACAGAUAGAUUUUUUAGAAAAUUGUGUAAUUAAUUAUUCCAACUACCUGAAUAAAGGGUUGCAUUUCAGCUACAGCAAUAUUAAAGAGAAAGACACAACAUAAUCAUGUUCUCUUUUGGCUGACAGUUAUGUUGAUUUCCAGCAAAACCCUUUUUUUUUAUGACUUUGAUGUUGAUCACAUUGCUUCCAUUUGUGGUAUAGACAAUAUUAUUGCUAUCAUAUACAUUAUCUUGCUACACACUACAGAGAGCUUAUACUGAUGUUAAAUCUUUGUUCUAAUGGCAAGAAAUUUUUUUAUAGUUUAGUAUCCUUCUAAGUAUUUCAUUUAUAAUUCUUUGCCCUCAUGUUUUGUUUGUGACUUGUUGCUUUGAAUUAAUACUAAUCCAGUUCCAAAUAACAUUCGUCCUCAUUUAACAUACUUUGACUGUUGUUGUGUCAUAAUUCACUGUGUUCCAGUAUUACAUGACAGAUCCUUAAUCAUUAAACAGUUUCAUUUUAUCCUUUUUUUAAAAAUAUUUUUGUUUUAAUGUAAAAGAUGCCAUUGAUGUUUCUUGAUGUAUUCAGGUCACACAAAAAAUUUGAGAGACAACGUCUGUUUCCCAGAGCUCACAUCCAGUCUCCUAGCAAUGUCAUGGUGCUACAGUUUUGUGCUAACAUACUAUAAAAAGAAAAAUUUUUUUAACUUAUAUUUUUCCAUCUGACUACAAGAUGUUCGCAAAUGGAGCAGGGACAUAGUAUUUGCUGCAAAUCACAGGCAGGCCUGAAUUUCAUUGUGGCAGAUGCUUUCAAUUUACAAUGACCCCCCCCCCCCCCUCCCUCCCCCUCCUCCCCCCCCCCCCCCGCUCUCUCUCUCUCUCUCUCUCUCUCUCUCUCUCUCUCUCUCUCUCUCUCUCUCUCUCUCUCUCUCUCUCUCUCACAUGUAAAAUGCAUGCCACGGGGGACUGAACUGCUAAAAAAAUGAGUUGUGCAUAUAAAGGAUGUCUUUUUACUUCAUCACACAUGUGAGGAAGAGAGAAUCAAACGAUCAAACGAAAAGAAUAGUUUUCAGUUAGAGAAAGUUAAAUAAGAAAACACAAAACAAAAAGAUUACGUGAGAAAUAGUCUUUAAAUACAGUAAACUCUUGAUUAUCCACCAUAAUUGGAGACUUGUAACCUGUGGAUUAUAGAAUUCCACAGAUAAUCCACAAUUAAGAUAAACAGUAAUGUAUAAGGGUUAUUCAAAGUAAAAUUUAAUUACAGUGUCAUAAAUAAAACCACUGAACUAAUUAUUUACAAUAAAUUAUACUUUAAUCAUCAUGGUACAUAUGAAAAUGAAGUACUUACAAAGAAAACAGUACAAUCUAAUUUCACAUUACAUUACACUACUUUGAAACAAAACAGUCUUGAAUCGAUUUCUGUCUUUGUUAGGUAGCUUCUCAUUUACAUAAUCACACUACAAAUUUUACACUUCACCAAUUUGUCAGAGAGGGAAGCAUCUUCUUGCUGCUCCAUGUAUAGUAACCCAAGAAUGGUUAACACAGCAUGUUUUCACUUUUCACACAUUGUUUGGGACUAACAGAAACUGGUGACUAUCUUUCACAACAAUUAAAAUCCAGUGCUUGCAGUGUUACAGCAGCAUGUUGUUUACUACACUUUUUGUAACUUGAGAUUAUCACUCAACUGUGACCACUGUCGGCAUAGGGAAAAACUUUAUUCAGCAAAAAAAAGUGAGGGAAAUAGGCUGUGGAUAAUCUGCAAAACAGGUAAUCCACCCGUGAAUAAUCGAGAGUUUACUGUAACGUCUUCUAGGCAAUGCUUGCAAACCAGUACAGAGAUGAUUGUGCGUACAGAUGAGAGAUCUAAACCCAGUCUGUGCCUGCUGAAAAGAUAAGGAGCAAGAUUUAAUAUAUGAUGAUGAUUGUAAUUGUCUUCAUGUAAAAUUUACUGUAAUUAUUGUUUGUAUUUGAGAUGUGAAACAUGACAGAAACAGUUACUAAGUUUUCUGUCUGGAAAGAGAAAAUGUUGUACAUUUUGUAUUGGUCUGUUGGAUGUACUGUUUCCAUUAAUCUCUGCUUAUAUUUGGAGUAAAAGUAACUAUUUUAACAGAAAAUUUGAAAUUUGUGGCACCUACGAUUCAGCUCAAAGUGACUUAAGCUGUCCUAAAAUGGGAUCACAUUGAAGUCGCUAAUUGCAAACAAUGGAACGAUUGCACUAGGACUUGUUAUUUUGCUACAGGUGUGCACUUGAUAUUUAGAAUUUGGAGUUUAUUAUUUACAGCAUAUUAUACUGAAGACAAUUUUAUGUCUUUGCAGAUUAAAUAAAACAUCUCUAUAAAAGAAAUACUGUUAAGGUAUAACGUAGCAUCACUGACUCAAAAUUGAACUACAGAUGAGGAUUAGUUUCAUUACUCAGAAAAAUCCUGUUAAAUGAAAUACAUUUACCUACUCAAAUGAAUAUGUGUGUGUGUAUGAGUGUGUGUGAUUGAAUUCACGAAUAUACUAUAUGGUCCAAAUUUGUUGUGAGCCUAUCCAGAUCUAAGAAAGAAAAUAAUCCACAAAGAUCUUGGUUAGAACAUAUGUCUUGUUUUAGCACUUCCCUUUUGUGUUUCUCAAACCUCUCAGGUGUGCUUGAUAAGACAGCUAAAAGUUGAAGCUUUGAUUUAGAUAGAUCUUAACUACAUUUUAACAGGUUUGUAUGUCAAGAAAUUUUCUAUGUAGUAUUCAGAUAACUGUAAGUUGUUUGUAUUUUCCCAUCCGAGAUAGAUGGGGAGCUUCUACUUUUCUGUAACCAAAAAAAGAAUAGUCAUAGAAAGCUUGUAGGCACGCAAAUACAAGAAGUCUGUUCCAAUUUGAGACAUCUACAAAAGAUUCAUUGUACAGUUCCAGUUGUCUCCAUCUCAACAGUUAACUAGGAUGCUCUCAUCAUCUAUCUCAUGAGAUGAACCCUACUUUUGUUAUAAUUUUUUUUUUAUUAUGGGCUUGUAUUUUUCUGUUACCUUAGUACAGAUUUGUGGUUUAAUCACCCUUAUAAAACCCAUAAUAAUGUGUGACGGUUAGUUUCGAAAGAAAACUAUUCGUACAAAAUUACUUUUGAUGUAGUAUCUUUGAGUCUAGCUGAAAAUGGGUCCCCCUUUUUGAAUUACAAAUGCUGAGCUUUGAAAUGCACUCUCGGACAAUCUGUUAGCUCUUCUGGGACAACAGUGUAACUUGGUAUGUAAUUACUACUGACAUUUUAGGUUAGAUGUAAAUCUUUGAAAGUGCACCCACUAAACAGUUGAGAGGUUUGAUAAAUUUAUGUAACAGCAGUGCUUUCAAAAACUAAAUUUGAUUUGUAUUACUGUUUUUAAAAAAUAAAAUAAUUGUUACGUUUAUGUAACAAAAGCAAAAAAGAAUGCAAGAGAUUUAUAUGUUAACUGUAUUUUAUUACAGCAGUGUUAUGUAAUUAUAUACUGGUGUACUAAAGAGCAAGCUCAUUAAAACCGUGAUUUUAACAAG